AGCAGCAGCAGCAGCAGCAGCAGCAGCAGAGUGUUGCUAGCAGGGGGGAUCAUGGUCCUGAACCACUACCUCCUGCUGCUCUUUCUCGUGGCCCUGCCAGCCCAGAAUGCCCAGAGUGCUCCAUCAGCUGGGCAGGGAGCAGUUGUGGAGACAGAGAGUGCUCUUUCAGGCCCUGAGCGAGGGGCAGAUACCGUGCUGACUCCGAGCUGGUACCUCAAGCGUGAGUAGUCAGUCUGUCCUGCCUUCACAAAAAGGAGCGCCCCUUUUCCCUAUUUUAUUAAUGAGAAAAAUACCCUCAUAGGUUAACGUGCUUUUGUAAAUCUAACAGUAGGGAUGAACGAUGACAAGGUUCCUGAAGAGUUCCCUGAAGGAUUGCCGGAUGUUCCAGAGGAGCUCCUGGCAGCCUUGGAUAAAGCCCCAUCUGAGACAGAUUCUGAGACUGUGCCGGAGACCUUAGCCGUGGAAGAAAGUGACAGUGUGCCAGGCUCACAUGAAAAAAGAGAAGCAAUAGAGGACACCAGCACACUUGCUGAGCCUGAGCAAUAUUCAGGGUCAUCCGGUGGGCAAAAAGCCCAGACUGCUGGACACCGUGACCCCGGCAAGUACUACAUCCUAGUAGGGACAGUAGCAGCCUCAGCUUUGCUUCUGCUUGGGGCAGUGUCUGUGUAUCUAGUCAUGCAUCAGCUGCUGAAGAGAGACAGGAGGAGCCAGGAGGACAAAGAGGCAAGAGGACAGGACUGGGACUCUUCCUGGGAAAGCUGUGGUCAGCCUAGAGGUGAAGCAGAGUCAGGAGAAGGAGCGGCAAGCGGCGAGAGAGCCCAAGGCAAGGGCUUCAGGGACAGCUGCCGCCUGUUUCCUGAGCUCUUUGCAGCAGAGCUCGCCCAGCUCUACAAGAACAUGGGCGCAGACCCGUCACCUCUGCCAACGUGCUCCUACUGUGCUCUGGCUGACAACGCCUCUUCACGGGACCACUGGAUUUCCCUGGAGUCACCUCAGCCCACAGCAUCCUCUUGCCCCUCCUACCAACACCAGCAGGACUAUUAUCUGUUAGAGGAGGAUGAUUAGUGAUAGUGAUAGAUGAUUAGUGAUAGUGAUAGUGAUAGUGAUAGUGAUAAAUAGUGAUAGUGCUAGUGAUUCUUUUAGGGAUAGUGGUAGGGAUACCUGAUAUUAGAGGGUGGUGGUUGUUUUAAUGAUAGCGUUAGUUAAUAUUAGAGGAUAGUGAUUGUUUUAAUGAUAGCGUUACUUGAUAUUAGAGGAGGGUAAUUGUAUUAGUGAUAGUGAUAGUGAUACAUAGUGAUAGUGGUAAUGAUAAAUAGUGAUAGUGGUAGUGAUUCUUUUAGGGAUAGUGGUAGGGAUACUUGAUAUUAGAGGGUGGUGGUUGUUUUAAUAAUAGUGAUAGUUAAUAGUAGCGGAUAGUGAUUGUUUUAAUGAUAGCGUUAUUUGAUAUUAGAGGACAGCGAUUGUAUUAGCGAUAGUGACAGUUAAGAUUAGAGGAUGGUGAUUGUUUUAGUGAUAGUGGUACAUUUAGUGAUAGUGAUACUUGGUA